AUGGACGAUCAAUCUCCCCCAUCCAUCAUGAUCGACGGCAAACCUCUCCUUGAGCGGGUGUCAUCACUUAUGACACCAGACCACCGAGCCACUCUCGCUACUCUGCAAACCCGUUGUGAGAGCAGGGCUUCUAACGUCUCAGAUAUCUCUCAAUCAUCAUGCGAGAUCACGGUAUCGGACUUCAUGGCAGCCAAGAUCCUUCAGCUAGAGGACGAAAUGUCCUACAUCACCAGUGUCAAGGCUGGAUUGGAUGAGGCAAACAAUAGUGAAGUUAUCAACAAUAUUGAAUACUCCCAACAAAUCAAACCCUGGAUCCGCAAGCUCAGGUCAAAGUCAUCAACUCUAAAGGUUCUCAAACGACAAAGGAACGUUCUUGCUGAAGAAAUCGGUGACACUAUGGCGGUGGAGAUAAAGAAACGCCAGCGAAUUGAUGAACCGCCAGAUGAAGGUCUGCUCGAAAGAGCAUACCGUGACACGAUUAUCCAGCGAGUGAUGAAUGCUACUGGCAAACAAACGGCACAGAAGUUUGAUCAGUCGGAAUUCAAAAAAAACGUCAACGAGUAUUACAAUGUGAGCGACGGCCAAAAGACCUAUUGCCAUGUUUUGGCUCUCUGGCUCGAUAAAAGUCAAGUUAAAGCGGCACACUUAAUACCGAAGAGCAUGUCACCUGAUGAGUUGGCUCAUAUAUUUGGCGACAACGAUGUCGUCACCAGCCUCCCCCAAAAUGGCCUAUCAUUGCAUCACAAGGUUGAAUCCCUCCUGGACAAGGGAGAUAUUGUCAUCAUUCCAAUGCUUGGCAAAGCGAUGAACCCGACCGCAUGGAGAGUUGUCGUGUUGAAUUCGGCCCUUGAUGGUGAUAUAGUGUGGCAGAAAGACAGACGCGACGGGGAAAAGCCAGAGAUCACCCGUGUUAGGGAUCUUGAUGGAAAGGUCCUGAUAUUCCGCAAUGACAAUCGCCCUCGUCGCCGAUACCUAUACUUCCGAUUUAUUGUCUCAUACAUGUGGCAGAAGCGACGACAAACUGCCAACUCGAUGGAUGUAUUGGCCGAAAAGACAGAUGCCCGAAAGUUUUGGCCCUCGGGGGGUUCUUAUCUCCAAAAAUCAACGCUUCAGACCCUUGCCCGAUGCAUCUCAGGAUGCGAGAUUCCUGAUGACCUGAUUGGGAAUCAGACGUUUGACGAAUCUAGUGACCCAGAAAAAGAUGUUCAAGCCGGCAUGAUUCUUGCGGCAGAUUUUCAAGAUCCUCGGCUAGCACCGAGCGUCAUGGAUGCACUCACAGCUUCAAUGAAGCAUCUUUAA